AAGGAGAGAAGAGCUAUGAGAAAGCGAGAAAGGAGGUGAAAUCACAGCAGCACAGAGGAGAGACCAAAACAAGGAGGAGAGAGAGGAUGAGUGGAGGAGAGAGCGCCGAUCAGUGAAGUCUCUAGAGAGGAGAAAGGAGAGGAAGGAGAUGAGCAGGGAGAGGGGGGUGAGUAGCAGCCAGCACUAAGAACAUAUAUCAGCUCAGGCAGCCAUGCUCUGAGCCCUGGAGCAGCAGGGGCUACGCAGACACUGCACAGGCCCGGCAUCAGGCCCAGCCAUAAACACAGAAGCAGGGAUAAAAGAAGAUUCCCCUCACAUCAGCUGUGCAUCAGAGCCAUGAGGACAGCCAGGAAGGGCAGCGUGGAGAUGCCUGCGUUUAUGCGGCAUCUGGUGAAAGAGACGGAGAAGAGAGUCAGCUCUUUCUUCAAAGGGGGCCGUGGAGGAGCAGCAGAGGGUGAGCAGCCAGGGGAUGGAGAGAGGGAGGAGGUCAUCCCCAGCCCCUACCUGGACCGGCCGGUCCUGGACAAGCUAAUGGAAGAGGGCUGCGCACGCUGGGGCCUCACCUACGCCUUGGGAAGCAUGCAGGGCUGGAGGGCCAACAUGGAGGACUACCACAACUGUGUGCCACAGCUGGGUGGAGAGCUGGCCGACUGGAGCUUCUUCGCUGUGUUCGAUGGUCACGCAGGCAGCACGGUGGCACAGUACUGCUCCCAGCACCUUCUGGGUCAGAUCCUCGCCACAGGUGGGAUGGGACCAGAGGACAACCCUGAGAGGGUGAAAGGAGCCCUCAUCGAGGGCUUCAUGCACACAGACAAGCACCUGCACUCUGUGGCACGUCGAGAAGGCUGGGAGAGGGGUGGCACCACUGUGGUGGCUGCUGUCAUAUCACCGUAUUACAUCUACUUCGCCAACUGUGGCGAUUCAAGGGCCAUGCUGUGCCGGUCUGGCCAGGUUUGCUUCUCCACUGAGGACCACAAACCUUACAGCCCUCUGGAGAAAGAGCGCAUUGAGAGUGCAGGUGGCUCUGUGUCCAUCCAAAGGAUCAACGGCUCCUUGGCCGUGUCCCGUGCUCUGGGGGACUUCAGCUACAAGGGAGCAGAGAAUCGGACGCCCACCGAGCAGAUGGUGUCACCAGAGCCAGAGGUGUGCGUGUUGGAGCGCUCACCAGCAGAUGAGUUCCUGGUGCUCGCCUGCGACGGAGUGUGGGACAUCAUCAGCAACGAGGAGCUGUGCGCCUUCAUCCACAACCGGCUGAGUGUCUGCACUGACCUGAGAGACGUCUGCGCUCAAGUCAUUGACCUCUGUCUCUAUAAGGGCAGCCUGGACAACAUCAGCAUCAUCCUGCUGUGCUUCCCUGGAGCCCCCCAGCUGUCAGCAGAGGCAUUACACCAAGAGGCCGAGCUGGAGGACCUGCUGGAGUCCAAAGUAGCAGAGAUUUACGAUGAGCUGUGCGCCAGAGGGGAGGAACCUGACCUGCUGUCUGUCCUCACAAUCCUCGCAUCCACUGUCAUCCCUGGUUUACCACCAGGUGGAGGCAUACAGAGCAAAAGGAACUGCAUUAUUUCUGCUUACUACCAACAAAGAGAGACUCACAAGCCCAAUGGCAUGUGAGGCUCCUGAGAAGCCUGGCUGGUCGCCAAGGGUCCAUAGAGGGACUAUAAUUAAUGUUGAAACUGUUUUCUUUAUGUGUGCACUUUGACAAAAAGGGAGAUGAUGAACAGACAGGGGUGUUUGUUUACAUCCUACUAGCAAGCAGCAUCGUGUUAUAACAAAUACAAUGCAAGAAUAGAUCUAAUAAAGCCUGAUAUAUUUUAUAUUUAUACAAGAAGGACAUUUUGUAUAACUUACUCAGAUACACUGAUCCAGCAACAAACCUCUGCCUCAAAUUCAGUGAACUAAAGAUACAGAUGAUUUCAAAUGACUGUAAAACUGAAUAACGACCAGCUGUGAAAUUGUACAUUUGCAUUGGAUGAAAUAGGAAAUAUAAGUGUGUGUGUAUUUAGAGAUGUAUUUUAAAGAUGAUGAUUUAAGAAUAGAUAUAAUAAAAUAAUACUUUUUUAGGAUUAGGAUAGUUAGUGCUAGACAAAAGCUAGUGUGCAGCGAACAUACAUCCAUUUGUUUCAACAUUGAUUGCUAACAGUGCUAGCGGCUGGGCAGGUGAUGGGAACGCACAAAUGUAUAUUCUUCCCUCAUGGUUGAAUAAACACUAAUUCAAUGUUUAAUUCUUCCAACUAAAGCUCAAUGCAUACACAUAUUUAGUCAAGAAAAAAUACAUUUCACACAAAAUCUAAACCAUUAUUUAGUUUAAACAUGUAGAAUAAUAAUAAUAACUUGGAUUAAGUGUUUGGAAGAAGAGUUAUAUGUUGAAAUAAUUUAGGAGAUUAUACAGCAUGUUGCAAUUUCAUUGUAACCAAAGAAAGUCUGAAUGAAAGUAUCCAAAAAAUGGCAAGAUACCCUAAAUUCUAUAUUUACUGACCAAUCCAAAUAGAUUUUACUUGAAUAAGUUCUACAUGUACACUUUUGUUGGUUGCAAUUAUUUCUAUAUAAUAACCAUAUUUCUAAACAUUGUUCUUCAAUGCUGUGUAUGUGAAAUGCGUCUUUCCAUAAGUUUGAUGAUAUGUACUGUGCUGCCUUAUUCAUCUUUUAUAUAGUUGAUAAAACAAACAGCAUCAGAACAAGUCAGUUUUCAGAAUGGGUCAUUUUAUCUUCAUCGUUUAUUGUCAUAUUAUUUCAGUGUGUAAUUCUCUGUAUAUAGACAUUACAUGUUAAGAGUCAUGACGGUUUGAAACCUAAAUAAAGAAUAUUUAAUUGA